AAUUUUGAAAAUAAUGUUGUAAUAGUUAUUGUGGUGUAUUGGCACCACUGCCUGCAGCAUGGCACACACCGCGAUUUGACCUGACGACGGUUGCCAUGUAAUAAAACUUCAAUCGCAGCAAUCGCUGGCCAGAAAUUGAAAAUGUAAAAGUUAGUUUAUAAGUGACAUAAGAAUAAAACAGAAGUAAAAUUGAAAAUCUCUUUGAUUAUUCAAGACGUCACAGUUUGGCGGCGAGGUAAAAACCAGAAGAUUCGAAGAUGAACGUGAAGCCCCCGGAGUUCAACGUCGGAGAUUCCUGGCCACUUUAUCAAGAACGCUUGGAACGGUUUUUCGUGGCCUGCGACCUUAACGACGAGGACGACGACGAGAGGAGAGCUGCGUUCCUGCUGACUUCCGUUUCCCUGGAGGUCUACCAGAUCAUCAAGAAUCUAUGUUUCCCGGACAAGCCGGAAUGCAAGAGUUUUUCCCAGCUCUGCGAAGUGAUGCGCCAGCGGUUUACCCCAACGGUGGUGGUUUUUCGAGAGCGUUCGAGAUUUUUCGAAGCACGUCAAGGCGACAACGAGUCGGUGGUGGAGUGGGCCACCCGACUGAAAAAGUUGGCUAUCGACUGUGAUUUCGGUGCCACUUUGAACGAGUUCAUCAAGAAUAUGUUCGUCGUGGGAUUGCGGCGUGGUCCCAUCUUCGAGCGAGUUUGCGAGGAAGACGCCACGGCGGCGUACGACGAUUUGGUGAAGAUUGCGAUGAAGAAGGAAUCGACUCUGCAGCGGCGGGAAGUAUACGAUGUGCACCGGAUCCAGCACGAGGUUGACAAGAACAAGACUAUUCCUACGAAGUGCUCUGCUUGCGGAAAAGGCAAUCACAAUUUUCGUAAGUGUCAGUACAGAAGCUAUAUUUGCAAGAUUUGCGAUGAGAAGGGGCAUUUAGCUAGGGUUUGCCCUAACGAAGAAAGCGAUUCGUCAUCGGAAAGGAGUUUCAGCGGCCCAGAAGUGAACAACCUACGUUUGAGCAAAAUGAAUGUCCUGCCACCCGUUCGGUUGGAGAUUGACGUCAAUGGUAAGAUGAUCGAUUUCGAGAUGGACACAGGAAGCCCAGUAAACGCGAUUUCGAAGAGGAUGUUCAAGAAAUUGUUCCCGUAUGCGAAGCUCAUCACAAACGUGCGAGAGGAGUUCGUUUGCUAUAACGGUAGCGGCUUCCGAGCGAUAGGUAAGUUCAACGCUCGGAUGCGGUUCAAGAAACACGAUUCCAAGGAGGAAAUUUUCGUAUUCGACGGCGACCGGCACCCAUUGCUGGGUCGACAGACUAUGUUCAGCUGGGGACUGAAAAUCGAUUUUGGUGCGUCGUCGGUUGCUGUAGGCCACAGUAAGCCGCUGAGAAAAAACAGCAAGCGUGAGGUUAUUUCUACGGCAGAGCCCCGAAGUUUGAAAAAGGCGUCCACGGGAAAUGAGAACUGGAGUAUACCGUUGUCAUCCGUUGAAAGGAGAGGCUCAUCAAAAAGGAAUUGUGAGGAGUGCCACAGAACGUUUAAACCAAAUCGCAGAAGGGGAAUGCUGUUGAAAUUCGACGUCCUGAAGACGGAUCGUAGCAGACGACAGCGUAGAGUGAAUUCGGAUGGAACUGGAGCGUUCGUAGUAGGUGAUACUGUCUAUGCAAGAGAUUACCGUGACCCGAAGAAGCCUGCUUGGGUUCGAGCAACUGUGGUGAGGAAGCUUGGAGCUGCUCUGUACGAAUGCGAUGCCGUGGGUUCAAAACGCAUCAAGCGACGAAGUCAUCAACUGUUGGAGUAUCCCUACGACAAUUUCGAAGACGAGCACAAUCUAGGGAAUGAUUCAAGCGACAACGAGUCGGUGGUGGAGUGGGCCACCCGACUGAAAAAGUUGGCUAUCGACUGUGAUUUCGGUGCCACUUUGAACGAGUUCAUCAAGAAUAUGUUCGUCGUGGGAUUGCGGCGUGGUCCCAUCUUCGAGCGAGUUUGCGAGGAAGACGCCACGGCGGCGUACGACGAUUUGGUGAAGAUUGCGAUGAAGAAGGAAUCGACUCUGCAGCGGCGGGAAGUAUACGAUGUGCACCGGAUCCAGCACGAGGUUGACAAGAACAAGACUAUUCCUACGAAGUGCUCUGCUUGCGGAAAAGGCAAUCACAAUUUUCGUAAGUGUCAGUACAGAAGCUAUAUUUGCAAGAUUUGCGAUGAGAAGGGGCAUUUAGCUAGGGUUUGCCCUAACGAAGAAAGCGAUUCGUCAUCGGAAAGGAGUUUCAGCGGCCCAGAAGUGAACAACCUACGUUUGAGCAAAAUGAAUGUCCUGCCACCCGUUCGGUUGGAGAUUGACGUCAAUGGUAAGAUGAUCGAUUUCGAGAUGGACACAGGAAGCCCAGUAAACGCGAUUUCGAAGAGGAUGUUCAAGAAAUUGUUCCCGUAUGCGAAGCUCAUCACAAACGUGCGAGAGGAGUUCGUUUGCUAUAACGGUAGCGGCUUCCGAGCGAUAGGUAAGUUCAACGCUCGGAUGCGGUUCAAGAAACACGAUUCCAAGGAGGAAAUUUUCGUAUUCGACGGCGACCGGCACCCAUUGCUGGGUCGACAGACUAUGUUCAGCUGGGGACUGAAAAUCGAUUUUGGUGCGUCGUCGGUUGCUGUAGGCCACAGUAAGCCGCUGAGAAAAAACAGCAAGCGUGAGGUUAUUUCUACGGCAGAGCCCCGAAGUUUGAAAAAGGCGUCCACGGGAAAUGAGAACUGGAGUAUACCGUUGUCAUCCGUUGAAAGGAGAGGCUCAUCAAAAAGGAAUUGUGAGGAGUGCCACAGAACGUUUAAACCAAAUCGCAGAAGGGGAAUGCUGUUGAAAUUCGACGUCCUGAAGACGGAUCGUAGCAGACGACAGCGUAGAGUGAAUUCGGAUGGAACUGGAGCGUUCGUAGUAGGUGAUACUGUCUAUGCAAGAGAUUACCGUGACCCGAAGAAGCCUGCUUGGGUUCGAGCAACUGUGGUGAGGAAGCUUGGAGCUGCUCUGUACGAAUGCGAUGCCGUGGGUUCAAAACGCAUCAAGCGACGAAGUCAUCAACUGUUGGAGUAUCCCUACGACAAUUUCGAAGACGAGCACAAUCUAGGGAAUGAUUCAAGUGACAACAAGUUCUACGGGGAGGAUUUCGUCGACGAAGUUGAAGGAUUUGAGCUGCGUCAAUUUGAUCAUCAUCGAUCGGAUUAGACCAACGUGAGCAGAUUGAAUCGAGAAGUGCGCCCACCGCGCUAUCUUGAGGGGGAGUAGUUGUGGUGUAUUGGCACCACUGCCUGCAGCAUGGCACACACCGCGAUUUGACCUGACGACGGUUGCCAUGUAAUAAAACUUCAAUCGCAGCAAUCGCUGGCCAGAAAUUGAAAAUGUAAAAGUUAGUUUAUAAGUGACAUAAGAAUAAAACAGAAGUAAAAUUGAAAAUCUCUUUGAUUAUUCAAGACGUCACAGUU